AUGGACAAUACCAACUGGACCAGUGUAUCUCAUUUUGUUCUCCUGGGCAUAUCUACCCACUCAGAAGAGCAGAUCCCACUCUUCCUUCUUUUUCUACUCAUGUACAUAGUCAGCAUUUCUGGCAACUUUGUCAUCAUCACACUGAUUAUCUCUGAUCCCCACCUCCACACCCCCAUGUACGUCUUCCUCAGUAACCUGGCCUUAGCAGACAUCUGCUUCACCUCCACCACUGUGCCUAAGAUGCUGCAGAAUAUCUUCUCCCCUACAAAGACCAUUUCCUACAUGGGCUGCCUAGCCCAGACUUAUUUCUUCAUUUGUUUUGCAGCCAUGGAAAACUUCCUCCUAGCUGUGAUGGCUUAUGACAGAUACAUUGCCAUCUGCCACUCUCUCCGCUACCCUAUGAUCCUGACCAGAGUACUGUGUGUGCAGAUGGUGACCAUGUGCCAUAUCCUCUCCCACCUUCAUGCCCUGCUGCAUACUUUUCUCAUGGGCCAGCUGAUCUUCUGUGGAGACAACAGGAUCCCCCACUUCUUCUGUGACCUCUACCCUCUGAUGAGGAUCUCCUGCACCAGCACACAUCUCAACACCCUGAUGAUUCACACAGAAGGUGUUAUUGUCAUCAAUGGAGCUCUGGCCCUUAUUAUUGCCUCCUAUGCCUGCAUCAUCUCAGCAGUCCUCCGAAUCCCUUCAGCCAAGGGCAAGUGGAAAGCCUUUUCCACCUGUGGCUCCCACAUCAGUGUGGUAGCUAUGUUCUAUGGCACCCUCACAUGGGUCUAUUUCCGGCCCCUUUCCAGCUAUUCAGUGACCAAAGGCCGCAUUGUGACAGUCAUGUACACAGUGGUGACCCCCAUGGUGAACCCCUUCAUAUAUAGCUUGAGGAAUGGGGAUAUCAGGGGAGCCUUCAAGAAAUGGAUGAACAGACUAUAG